CUUGUAUCUCCAGCUGACACGUGUUGUUUCCCUUGUGCGGCUGGAGCAAGCUGUCAGCGUCUCAGCGAGGUGUGGGCGCUGACGGGUGGGUCGAGUGAGCCGAGGGAGUUGCAUGAGAUGGAACGGGUUUGUCCGUUCCGGGUUCCGUUGGUGAGAGGUUCCCGUUUUGGGCUUUAUUGGGCGCUCCAAAAAAAAUUUGAGGAAAAUAGGAUAGGCAAGUUGGGUCUUCACGUCACGCCUAUCUUCUCAGCAAAGCAUACCCUAGCGCCGUCUACGAAGAUCGUCGUCGCUGGUCUACUCGUUGUUGCUGCUGGUGGCGCUCGGGAGCUGUCUGUGCUCGUCGUGGCCAAGCUCGCUUCGCACUUUACAAAUCACGAGUUGCGUCGUCGUAGCGGGGGAGUGGUUGUGCCUCGGGCCCUGUUCCAGGUCAUCAUCUAGUAGAGGACAUGGAUACACGUCGAGGCAGUGAAAAACAGUGUUGGGUUAGUGUACGAAGCCGAUGGCUGUGGUUCUGAAUUGGUUUUAUGUUGCAGUGCAUUUUUUAAAAAAUGUUGGUUCUAAUCUGCGCACUCCUUUGUGUCCCAGAAUGACACUAGGUUUUAUGUCAUUUCUUUUUCAUUAUGUGGGAGCAAUUUACCUUCUUUUGAGACUUUGAUGCGUAUUGUGAAUCAUAUGAAUUGUGUGAAAAAGUAUUUUGAGUUGUGUUCGGCUU